UCUCCCUCAGCUUCUCCUCUUCCCAAGGGAACAUUCGAAUCCCCAAAACCCUAACCCCGCCCCUUCCUUCGUAUUUCCCCAAACCCUAACCCAGUUCUCUCCGUCCCUUCAUUUUUCUUCUUCUACGAUUCUUCAUGUACUCCAGAGGCAGCAACAGCAGCAGCAGCAGCGGAAGCUAUGCACAAGCUCUGGAAUGGAACCCCCGUCCUCUCCACUGCUGGCUGGAUUGAGACCACCGCUACCCGAGCCUUCCUGCUAACAUCGAUGCCCGCACUCCGCCUUCUGCCUCCACCCUCCCCCGCCAUCCUCCAGCGAAGCCACAAUCCCUUUCGAAAAUCUGAUCCCGUGUCCGUCCCCGCCGACAAUGGUUCCCGCCUCUUCUGCCGAGCUCGGAUGUCGGCCUUAGCCCCCUUGUUGCGCGGCGGUUGGGCGAGGUGCUUUGGGACGGUCGAAGCUUUGAGGGUUCGGGACAAAGGUGGGAGCUUCGAGGGUUCUGUUGGGAACGGGAGUAGCCAAGAAGAGGACGAUGAGGAGAAGGGCGCGGUGGUGAAGGGGGAGAAGAAGAAUAGGGUAACGCAGCAGAGGGCUGCGUCGGCUGGCAGCAGUACCGUGGAGAGGAGACCGAGGGGUGGAAUUUUGGACGCAUCCCCGGAAGGGAGCUUGGAACUAUUGACGAUUCCUGGGGUUGGGCCUCGGAAUCUUAGGAAGCUGGUGAACAAGGGUUUCGAUGGCGUGGCCCAGCUCAAACAGCUAUACAUCGAUAAGUUUGUCGGCGAAUCCAGCCACAAGAUGGUUGAAUACUUACAGAGCUCUGUGGGAAUCAUUCACAAAAACCAUGCAGAGAGCAUAACCUCCUUUAUCAAAGAAAAAGUAGAUGAAGAGUUGAAAGAGGACACCACAGAGUCUAAUGUGAAACUUGCAACAAAGAACAGGCUCACAUUUUGUGUUGAAGGAAAUAUUAGUGUUGGGAAGACUACUUUCCUUCAAAGAAUAGCUAAUGAGACAAUUGAAUUACGUGAUCUUGUGGAAAUAGUGCCAGAACCUAUUGCCAAGUGGCAGGAUAUUGGUCCUGAUCACUUUAAUAUUUUGGAUGCGUUCUAUGCUGAGCCACAGAGGUAUGCUUACACCUUCCAGAAUUAUGUAUUUGUGACAAGGGUCAUGCAGGAAAGAGAGUCAUCUGGUGGAAUAAAGCCUCUCAGGCUCAUGGAAAGAAGUGUUUUCAGUGAUAGAAUGGUCUUUGUGCGUGCUGUUCAUGAGGCCAACUGGAUGAAUGAGAUGGAGAUUAGCAUCUAUGACUCAUGGUUUGAUCCUGUUGUAUCAUGCCUUCCAGGGCUUAUUCCUGAUGGUUUCAUUUAUCUUAGAGCAAGCCCUGACACUUGUCACAAAAGAAUGAUGCUGCGAAAUAGGGCAGAAGAAGGUGGUGUUAAUCUGGAGUACUUGAGGGGUUUGCAUGAGAAACAUGAAAGCUGGUUGUUCCCUUCUCAACAUGGAAACCAUGGUGUAUUGUCAGUCAGUCAGUUGCCUCUGCACAUGGAUGACUCCCUGCAUCCUGAUAUAAGGGAUCGUGUGUUCUUGUUAGAAGGCAAUCACAUGCAUCCAAGUAUCCAAAAGGUUCCAGCUCUGAUUCUGGACUGCGAACCCAACAUUGAUUUCAGCAAAGACAUUGAAGCUAAAAGACAGUAUGCCCGGCAAGUUGCAGAAUUCUUCGAGUUUGUGAAGAAAAAGAAAGAAGCUUCGUCUGCAGAAACUGGCAAUGAUGGAAAGAACCAAGGCCAAAAGAUAAUGCUUCCUCGCGAAGGUGCUUUGUGGAUUCCACAAGGCACUCACUUCCCUGAUGCUGCCCUAUCUCUGGAUUUCAAAAAAGCGAUGUCUUUCCUUUCUGGUUAGCUGCUUGUUGACCAGCUCUCUAUGGAUGACCCAAGCCUUCUAAGGGGAUGCUGAUUCUUGAGUGCAUUGUACUUCAUUCUACUUGUCCCUGAUCCAGGUUCACCUGUAGCUAAUUUUGGCUUUAAGAGAAUUUAUUCUUGUGGUAAGCACAGUGUGCCAAUUUUGUAAAUGAACUUGUCAUCCAAAAGGCUGGCGAACGUCCAAAUGUUCCUCACAUGAACAAGAUGUUAGAAACGUUUCUCAUUUGUAAAUGGUCUGAUGCUUGUAUGAUAAUUCUGCAGCGGCUGAAGUAUGAUAUUUGUUUUCUUUUUGUUUU